AUGCCUCCUAAAGACACCGCUGCUGCUACUGCUGCUACUGCUGGUCCCAUUCAGCUGGAAAACACCGCCAAGCGUGACUUUCUCCAAAAGCUCGAAAAGGAGUCUCAAGACUUCUGGGCACAAUCGCGUGUCUUUGAUAUCAACGCUCCCACUCAGGAUGAUGGCCUCGUUGAUAUGUCACCCGAAGAGGUGCGUGCAAAGUACCCGAAAUGGUUUGCUACCAUCCCUUACGCCUACAUGAACGGUUCUCUUCACCUUGGUCACGCUUUCACCCUCUCCAAAGUCGAGUUUGCUGCCGGUUACGAACGUAUGCAGGGUAAGCGUGCUCUCUUCCCAUGGGCUUUCCACUGCACCGGUAUGCCUAUCCGUGCUGCUGCCGACAAGCUGGUUCGUGAGAUCCAACUCUUUGGCGACGACUUCUCCGGAUACAAGGAUCCGGCAGACGAGGUCGAGGAAGAGGCUGCUCCCCAACCACCAGCACCCACGGAGAACACCUCGAGCGUUACAAAGUCCAACCUCGCCAAGGCUACAAAGGGUAAGCUUGCAGGAAAGGACACCGGUCUCAAGUACCAAUUCCAGAUCAUGCUCAACUCCGGUGUACCCAAGCAAGAGAUCCACAAGUUCGCCGAUGCCAACUAUUGGCUCAGCUACUUCCCUCCCAUCGCCAAAGCUGACUGCACUGCUUUCGGUUCGCGUAUCGACUGGCGACGUGCUUUCAUCACCACCGACGUCAACCCAUACUACGAUAGCUUUGUUCGAUGGCAGAUGAACAAGCUCCACGCUAUGAACAAGAUCAAGUUCGGCGAGCGUUACACCAUCUACUCGCCCAAGGAUGGUCAGCCAUGCAUGGACCACGAUCGAUCCGACGGCGAAGGUCUUGGUCCUCAGGAGUACACCGCUCUCAAGAUGGAGCUAGUUCAGUGGGGUCCACUUGCUGCUCCUCAGCUCGAUGCCAAGCUUCAGGCUAAGAAGGUCUACUUUGUCGCUGCUACCCUUCGUCCUGAGACCAUGUACGGUCAGACCAACUGCUACGUUGGACCUACCAUAAACUACGGCGCUUUCCAGAUCAACGACACCCACGUCUACAUUUGCACCGAGCGCGCCGCUCGCAACAUGGCUUUCCAAGGUACAACCAAGCAACGUGGUCAGGUCAACCAGCUUGCUUCUCUCAAGGGUUCUCAGCUUAUCGGUACCAAGAUCAAGGCUCCUUUCGGUCUCUACCCCCAAGUCUACGUUCUUCCUAUGGAGACUGUUCUUGCUACCAAGGGUACCGGUGUUGUUACUUCUGUUCCCUCGGAUUCGCCCGAUGACUAUGCUACCCUCAUGGACCUCCGCAAGAAGGCCGAGUACUACAAGAUUGAUCCUCAGUGGGCUGCCUUUGAUCCUAUCCCUGUCAUUCGCACUCCCGCUUACGGUGACAUGUCCGCCGAAACCCUCGUCAAGCAGCUCAAGAUUCAGAGUGCAAAGGACAAGAACCAGCUCGCUGAAGCCAAAGAACUCGCCUACAAAGAAGGCUUCUACAACGGUACCAUGCUCGUCGGCACUUACAAGGGCCAACCCGUUCAGGAGGCUAAGAACAAGGUCCGCGAUCAGAUGAUCAAGGCCAACCUCGCUUUCCCUUACGCCGAACCCGAAGGUAAGAUUAUCAGUCGAUCUGCCGACGAGUGUGUUGUUGCUCUCUGCGACCAGUGGUACAUGGACUACGGCGAGGAGUCUUGGAAGGCUAAGGCUAGCAAGCUCAUUGCCCAGAUGAACACCUUUGGUCCUGAAGUCAAGAAUGCUUUCGAGGGUACGAUUGACUGGCUCAAGCAGUGGGCCUGUGCCCGUUCUUACGGUCUUGGUUCUAAGCUUCCUUGGGAUCCUCAGUAUUUGGUCGAGUCGCUGAGUGACUCGACCAUCUACAUGUCCUACUACACCAUCGCUCACCAUCUUCAGGGAGGUGUUGCCGACGGCAGCAAGGUUGGUCCCAUCGGUAUCAAGCCUGAAGAGCUGACCGACGAGAUCUGGGACUACAUCCUAGGUGAUGCUCAAUACCCUACCAACACUACCAUCCCCAAGCAGAAGGCCGAGAUCCUUCGUCGCGAGUUCCGAUACUUUUAUCCCAUGGAUCUCCGUUCCUCGGGCAAGGAUCUGAUCCCCAACCAUCUCACCUUCUGCGUCUAUGUCCACUCGGCUAUCUUCCCCGAGCACCACUGGCCACAAGCGAUCCGUGCCAACGGCCAUCUCAUGCUUAACGGCAAAAAGAUGUCCAAGUCCACCGGUAACUCGCUCUCUCUCCGCCAAUCGGUUGAGAAAUUCGGUGCCGAUGCAACCCGACUCUCCCUGGCAGAUGCAGGUGAUGGUAUCGAAGAUGCCAACUUUGAAGAGAAAACCGCCAACGCCAACAUCCUCCGUCUCCACACACUGAUCGAAUGGUGCAACGAAGUGGUCUCGAACAAGUCUAAGCUUCGUACGGGACCGAAAGAUUCCUUCUGGGACAAAUCGUUCGAGAACCAGAUGAACAAUCUCAUCCAACUCACCAACGAUGCUUACGCUAAAGCGCUCUACAAGGAUGCUACCAAGUUUGGCUUCUACGAGCUUCAGACAGCGCGAGAUUUGUAUCGUGAGGCGACGAGCGAUAUUGGGAUGCACGAACAACUUGUUCUACGAUGGAUUCGAACUCAAGCUUUGCUCAUCACUCCUAUUGCUCCUCAUUUUGCCGAGCAUGUUUGGCGUAACUUGUUGGGCGAAACUGGUUCGAUCCAAACGGCAAGAUGGCCUCAACCUUGGGCGGCGGUGGAUAACUCGAUUACUGAAGCGCUCGCUUACGUUUCCGGUACUGUCAAAACCGUUCGUGAUGCUGAGAUCUUGCUUACGAAGAAGGCUAAGGGUAAGAACGCAACUCCGGGCAUCAAGUAUGAUGAUAGGGCACCCAAAGAAUGUCGUAUGUUUGUCGCCAAGAAUUUCCCGCAAUGGCAGGAUAGAUGUCUAUCCAUCCUUCAGAAUCAUUACAAUCCCAACGAGCGUAGUUUCGACGAUAAGGCGAUUCGCGAACAAUUGGCUGCGGAUGGAAUGUUGAAGGAUAAAAAGGUGAUGAACUUUAUCGUUACCUUGAAAAAGAGGAUCGCAGAUUUUGGUGCAGAAACAGCGUUCAAUAGACUCUUGCCCUUCAACGAGAUCGAGACGUUGAAGGCAGCAAGUGGAUAUUUGAAGAAGACGAUGCAUUUCAAACAGAUUCACGUUUAUAGUAUCGAAGAUGACCAGCAGAUCUAUAAAGAUUUGCAUGUUGAGCAGAAGGUUUUGGAGAAUGCCGAACCUGGGCAGCCUAGUUUUGCUUUCUUCAAUACUGAUGCUUAG